CUCUUCCGCGGCGGGUCCGCCCCCACGUCACGUGGCCGCGCGUAUUUGUGGCCCGGCGGCACCAGGCCCUGUAGCGCGGGCAGCACCCGAGUCUACACAUCACCCGUUCGUUCCGUCAGAUCCGCUGCCCGCCCUCAGCCGCCAGGAUGAUGUGCGGGGCGCCCUCUGCCACGCAGCCCGCCACGGCGGAGAUCCAGGCCAUCGCCGACCAGGCCGCUUGUCACAUGGUCUCUGUGUGUCAGCUCAUCCGGGAGGGGAGAGUUCUCUUCUCAGAGGGCCCCUCAUUUGGUGUUGAUCACCUGAGAGGGACAUGCAAGGGGCAGCGGCCACUGCUCCUGGGAGAAGCUCUGAGGCAGGCAGGAGGCUGCGCCCACUUGCUGGGGUCUCCGGGAGGAGCGGGGCAGGGGGUCGCACCGCGGCUCUUGGCAUUGACCCCCCUCAGGAGCGCCUGGGUGCGGGUGAGAACCGGCGGGAGGCAGCGGAGCCGUGAGAUCCGCCUCAGGUCUGAGCACCCACCAGCCGGUGCUCCCGCCUCCCCCGGCCUCCUGCCCCACCCUGAUCCCGAGGGCUGGGGCCCACACCUUCCAGCUGACCCUGGGCCUUCUGUGCCCCUCAGCCACAGCCCAGCCCUCCUUUAUCCUGGUCACAAAUGGAACACGUGAACUGUCACCCACAAGCCGUGCCCCAGCCUUGCAUUCGAGGCCUCCCCACCCCCGUUCCGCCGCCUUCAGCCUGGUCUUAACCCCAUUCCUUGC